AUUGGAUGUCUGGUUGGGUCCUAACGUUGAAAUGGUGGAUUGAUUAACCAAAGACAGAGUCCAUGAAAACACGUUGGAAGGCGCGCCAGAAUAUUUUACUAACCGCCAAUUUUCGAUCCUAUCCGCAGCCGCCACGACUGAUUGUCGCUUCACAGCCACGUUAUCAAUCGUGAUCGUUAGGCAUGCCGUAUCGCCAACACCAAACUCUCCCUUAUUCUUCAUUAACAAUACAUCACAUGAUUCAUCCAUCGUUGAAUUUUAACACCAUUUGAAGCUCCUUCUCUCUUCAAUUCCACAAAACACGAAACAAAUUAAAAAAAAAAAAAAUGCAAACUCUGAAUGUAAUUCCAAAACAGAAAUCCAACGAUGAAUCUACGUCGGAAGCAGAAAGGCGAAUCCAGAGGUUAACACUGCACCUAAACCCCGUUAGCAGCGGUGCGACGAAGCAGUUAGAGAUGGCAACGUGCGGUAGAGGGAAGCUGAGCGUGGACACGAAAUCUCUGUCGAAUUACAUGAGAGGCAAACACAGAGAGUUACAGGAACAGGUCUUCGCUUACUUCAACGCCAAUCCUCACCUUCAAACCCCCGUUGAGAUCUCCAAAGAUGAACACCGUGAACUCUGCAUGAAGCAGCUUAUGGGACUCGUUAGGGACGCAGGGAUUCGACCCCUCCAUUACGUUCUUCAUGACCCUGCUAAGUACUUCGCCAUCUUGGAAGCUGUUGGUAGCGUUGACAUGUCACUUGGGAUCAAGAUGGGUGUUCAGUAUAGCCUAUGGGGUGGUUCUGUUCUCAAUUUGGGGACCGAGAAGCAUAUGGAUAAGUACUUUGACAGGAUUGAUAACUUGGACUACCCCGGUUGUUUUGCUAUGACAGAGCUUCACCAUGGUUCAAAUGUGCAGGGCCUGCAAACUGUUGCCACCUUUGAUCCAAUCACUGAUGAAUUUAUCAUUGAUACACCAAAUGAUGGUGCCAUCAAAUGGUGGAUUGGCAAUGCUGCAGUGCAUGGCAAGUUUGCCACUGUUUUUGCAAGGUUGAAAUUACCCACAUAUGACACAAAAGGAGUUUCUGAUUUGGGUGUUCAUGCUUUCAUAGUUCCAAUAAGGGAUAUGAAGACCCAUCAACCACUUCCUGGAAUUGAGAUACAUGAUUGUGGUCAUAAAGUUGGCCUCAAUGGUGUGGACAAUGGAGCAUUGAAAUUCCGCUCUGUAAGAAUUCCUCGUGACAAUCUUCUAAACCGUUUUGGAGAUGUCUCCCGUGAUGGGAAGUACACAAGUAGCCUUCCUACAAUAAAUAAGCGGUUUGCAGCAACACUAGGGGAACUUGUUGGUGGUAGGGUAGGCCUUGCAUAUUCUUCAGUAAGUGUCCUGAAGGUUGCUGCUACUAUUGCCAUCAGAUAUUCUCUACUUCGUCAGCAAUUUGGACCUCCAAAUGAACCAGAAGUCGCUAUUCUUGACUACCAGUCUCAACAGCAUAAGCUUAUGCCAAUGCUGGCUUCAACUUAUGCUUUUCAUUUUGCGACCACAAAUUUAGUUGAGAAGUACUCUCAAAUGAAAAAGUCUCAUGAUGAUGAAUUAGUUGCAGAUGUCCAUGCUCUUUCCGCUGGUCUAAAGGCUUAUGUAACAUCAUAUACUGCAAAGUCACUCAGCAUCUGUAGGGAAGCUUGUGGAGGCCAUGGUUAUGCUGCUGUAAAUCGGUUUGGUAUUUUGAGGAAUGACCAUGAUAUUUUUCAGACAUUUGAAGGAGACAACACAGUUCUGCUUCAACAGGUUGCAGCUGAUCUUUUGAAACAAUACAAGGGAAAGUUCAAAGGAGGAACUUUUGCGGUGACAUGGAACUACUUGAGAGAAUCAAUGAAUACUUAUCUGUCGCAGCCAAAUCCAGUAACUGCUCGGUGGGAAGGCGAAGACCAUUUACGGGAUCCUAAAUUUCAGUUGGAUGCUUUCAGAUACCGAACAUCUAGAUUACUUCAAAGUGUUGCUGUUAGACUUCGAAAGCAUUCUAAGUCUCUUGGGGACUUUGGUGCAUGGAACAGAUGCUUAAAUCACCUCUUGACACUUGCUGAAUCACAUAUUGAGUCAGUCAUCCUUGCUAAAUUUAUUGAUGCAGUGCAGAGCUGUCCUGAUCCAAGCUCACAGGCUGCUCUAAAGCUCGUCUGUGAUCUUUAUGCUCUGGAUCGAAUAUGGAAUGACAUUGGAACCUACCGAAAUGUUGACUAUGUGGCUCCAAACAAAGCUAAGGCCAUCCACAAACUCACUGAGUAUCUAAGUUUCCAAGUGAGGAAUAUUGCAAGGGAACUCGUUGAUGCAUUUGAUCUUCCGGAUCACGUUACCCGUGCCCCUAUUGCCAUGCAAUCAGAAGCUUACUCGCAAUACACACAAUAUGUGGGAUUCUAAUAAAAGGAUCGCAAACAGGAUUGAAAUGUUUUUGAGGAAAAUCUUUAGAUUUUAGCUUGUUUAGAUUUGUAUACUAGUGGUUGCAGCUGAGUCAGCUGACGAAGGAAACAUGGUGUAAUGACGCUUCAAUAUAGAUUAUUUAUUGAUGAAAAAUGAAAAAUAGUGUUAAUACCAAGGUAUAUACACCUUUUUUUUUUCUCUC